CCAUAUGCUUAUGGUUAAUAUCUUUAAUUUAAUUCAAUUCAUCCAUCGUGCUCAUUUGCAUAUAAUUCCCCGCUACGGUUAACGGGUUCGUGAAAUAUAUCUAUCUGACGCAUCUAUCCGCUCCGCAAAUAAAACAAUUUGCCGGAAUGUCAAAUAAAGUUGCAGCUUGUAAAAAGAAUAAUCCAAACUAAUGACGCAAACCACUUGUUGCAAUCAGCUACGAAGUAAACAACAUGAUCAUCUAGUACCAGAGUGGGUGUUUUACGAUUAGAAUUCAGAUGGAUUCAGCUGCAUUUUAGCUAUCGAAUCUCGGGACCUGGCUGGCAUUCUUGCACAGGAAAGAGAACAAAUUAUAUUUCAGGGAAUAGUGAUGAGAUGCGUAUGAUGAGAACAAGUCCCGUUAUACCGGUUUGAAGUUUCUUUUUCGGGUUUGUUUUUAUCGUACCCCGGCGGUUGUUGGCCAGUGAAAGGCAUCGUGAAAGUAUACCAGAACGGCAGGAGAUGGUACACAGAAUGCACCGUAGGGAAGUGUUUGCAAAGAAUCGAUUUCCUAUCGCUUGCUGAAAGCGUUCUAUUUCUUGUGCAUAGUGUUUGAGUGCGUUACAGCAUACCAGUAUUGCCUUUGCCAGCUCAUCACCGCGGGAAGACGGUAUCAUUGACAGCGAUUACGGGUAGCACACAUAGGUGCAAGUCUGGUGAUGAGGAGAAACGUCCGUACACUGGUGAAAUACGCGUUUGUUUCAGGUGGAGUGUUGUUGUUUCUCACGCUUAUCAUCCGGUCGUUCAGUGAGGAUGGCAAAGCACCACUGAACGGUGUGUUUGGCCCGGAGGCACUCGUGCAGAAAGUGCCGCACGCAAAAGAAGGAUCGUUUUUCAAUGAACCUCCGAAGAAUGUGCAUCAAAAGCGGAUCGACUGGCACAACUACGAUCUUAUCCAUGAGGAAGCCAAACGGAGCGGCAUCGGAGAGCAAGGCAAGGCAGGCCAUUUGGACAAAAGCGAGGUCGACCUGAAAGAUAAGCUGUUCAAGAAGAAUGGGUUCAACGCAGUGCUGAGUGAUAAAAUUUCACUGAAUCGAUCGCUGCCCGACAUACGCCAUCGCGGUUGUCGGAAGAAACAAUACCUCGACGAACUUCCGACCGUAAGUGUUGUCGUACCAUUCUACAAUGAACACUGGAGUACGCUGCUACGGACCGCGUCGAGUGUGUUGCUUCGGUCACCUCCGGAACUCAUUGCUGAAAUCAUCCUUGUGGAUGACUGUAGCACGAAGGAUUUCCUGAAGCAGCAGCUAGAUGAUUACGUUUCGGAGAAUAUGCCUAAAGUGAAGAUCGUCAGAUUACCGGAACGGUCGGGGCUGAUAGCUGCCCGGCUGGCUGGUGCCAAAAUUGCUACGGCCGAUGUGCUCAUCUUCCUGGAUUCGCACACGGAAGCGAACGUGAACUGGUUGCCUCCGUUGCUGGAACCGAUUGCCAUCGAUUAUCGUACCUGUGUAUGCCCGUUCAUCGAUGUUGUCGAUUGGGACACGUUCGAGUAUCGGGCACAGGACGAAGGUGCCCGCGGUGCUUUCGAUUGGAAGUUCUUUUAUAAACGGCUGCCUCUGUUGCCCAAGGAUUUGCAAAAUCCCACCGAACCGUUCGAAAGUCCGGUAAUGGCGGGUGGACUGUUUGCGAUCAGUGCUAAGUUUUUCUGGGAAAUUGGAGGCUACGACGAAGGUUUAGACAUCUGGGGCGGUGAGCAGUACGAGCUAAGCUUCAAGGUGUGGCAAUGCGGUGGCAAGAUGUACGACGCACCAUGCUCGCGCGUUGGUCAUAUCUACCGUGGGUACGCACCGUUUGGUAACCCGCGCAAGAAAGACUUCCUGACGCGCAACUACAAACGUGUGGCCGAAGUAUGGAUGGACGAGUACAAGGAAUAUCUGUACAUGCGCGAUCGGAAGAAGUACGAAAACACGGACGUGGGAGACAUCUCGCGGCAGCUGGCGAUCCGUGAGAAGCUGCAGUGUAAACCGUUCAAAUGGUUCAUGACACAUGUGGCGUUCGAUCUGGUCGAAAAGUACCCGCCAAUAGAGCCACCAGACUUUGCAAACGGUGCCAUACAGAGUGUGGCCAGUCCGGGGCUUUGCGUUGAUACGCUGAACCAUGGCGAAAAGCAAACGAUUGGUCUGUAUUCAUGCGCUAAAGAUAGGGUACAGCCACAGCCUAAUCAGUAUUUCCAGCUGUCCUGGCAUCGGGAUUUGCGCAUCAAGUUUGGCGAACUUUGUUGGGACGUGUCGGAGAGCGUUCCGAAUGCAAAAAUUCUACUUUACCACUGUCAUGGUGGACAGGGUAAUCAGCUGUGGCGGUACGAUCCCGAGUCGCAAAUGCUCAAGCAAGGUAAAAAUAAUCGUUGCCUCGACAUGAACCAGGACAAUCGCGAAAUAUUUGUGAAUCCGUGCGAUCUUGCCAAUCCGCGACAAAGGUGGCACUGGGGCUUCGUUAACAUGACUUCGAUAGCGCAAUGGGAUUCGUACGGUGCUAAAGUGAUCGAAUGAACGCACGCACACAGCACCUAGUUAACAGGUUAAUCUUUUACAACUAAAUCGGCCAGAGUCUGGUGUACAAUUCGUUUGCGUUUAUCAAGCGUUGGUUGUGAAGCUUCUGAAAAGCAGCAGCAUUUUGCUCAAAUCACGAUGGAUGGAAUGUAGUGAAAU